CACGAGAAUACGGAAUCUUGUGUUUUGAAAUGAAGACUACUGGUGCGAUGAAUGAUUUUCCCUGUUUGGUGGUCAGGGGGAUAUCUGACUACUGCAACUCACACAAGAACGACAAAUGGCAUGGCUAUGCCGCAGCGGUCGCAGCGGCUAAUGCGAGAGAACUUUUCUCGCACAUGCCUGUGGAGGUGGUGGAACACUGCAAGGUUGCGGAGACAGUUGUGAAGGCAUUAAUCGCUGGUAUGGGCAAAGAAUCACUGACGAAUGACAGUGGUGAAGAAGUUGGCUCGGGACCCAGCUGAGCUCGUAGAUCAUAGUAUCGACUCUCGGAUUAAGAGCUGGCUCAACCCUGC